AUGGCCGGGCACGGCGGGAGUGGUGCGGCGGCGCGGGGAGGCGGAGGCCGCGGCGUUGUGAUUUCAGAUGAUUGGCCUGGAUACAGUCUGGAUUUGUUCACUUAUCCACAGCACUACUAUGGAGAUUUGGAAUACGUGCUUAUUCCGCAUGGCAUUAUUGUUGACAGGACAGAACGACUGGCUAAGGAUAUUAUGCAAGACAUUGGAGACAAUGAUAUUGUGGUUCUCUGUGUUCUCAAAGGUGGCUACAAGUUCUGUGCUGACCUUGUGGAGCACAUCAAAAAUCUCAGCAGAAAUUCAGAAAGAUUCAUCUCCAUGAAAGUCGAUUUUGUUAGACUGAAAAGUUACCACAAUGAUCAGUCUAUGCAAGAUAUGCAGAUAAUGGGAGGAGAUGAUCUUUCAAAGCUGACUGGAAAGAAUGUUUUAAUUGUUGAGGAUAUUGUUGGGACUGGAAGGACUAUGAAGGUUCUGCUUAAUCAUAUAGAAAAAUAUAAUCCAAAAAUGAUUAAAGUGGCAAGUUUGUUGGUGAAAAGAACAUCUUGGCCUGAUGGGUACAGACCAGACUAUUAUGGAUUUGAAAUUCCAGAUUUAUUUGUGGUAGGUUAUGCCUUAGACUACAACGAGUACUUCAGAGAUCUGAACCACAUAUGUGUUAUCAAUGAUCGUGGAAAAGCAAAAUACAGAGUCUGAAGCAGUUACACCCUCAUCAGAACAUUUGUAAGCUCAGAGAAGCAGAAAUUUGACUGCACUCCUUCAAGCAUCUCCCAGAAGGAAGUUCAACUGACUUCUGUUUCUAUUAAUUCAGUGUAAUAAGGGAUUUACUCUUGAGGUACUGAUGAAUAUAUACAGAAGUGAGUGUUCCUAUCUAAAAUCUGAAGUAGACAUUGAAAGUUACUACAUGUUUUAAGUACUAAAAUUAUGGUAUAAUUUCUUUUUACUAAUGAUUUGUCUCAGCUCACUGUGAAUGCAUCUUGUUUGUGCAGUCCAUCAUUCCAUCCAUUACAAUUAAUGUACUUCACAUUAUGUGUUCAUAAUGUGCUGCAAAAAUUGUUCAGAAAUGUCAUUAUGUGCAUUAAGUUUAUUAUAGAGAAUUUUAGGAACUUCAGCGUCCGUGUGAUUUUGGCUGGAUAUGCUGCUACCAAACUGAAAACAUUAUUUUUAUUUAGUUCCACAGUUCAGAAGUUUCAGCUGAAGUUGUAUGCUGUAUGACUUCAGAUAGUCCUUACUGCCUCUUCCAAAUGGAAAUUGUAACUCUCAGAAUGCACUGAAUUAGAGUGCUGGUACAAAAUGGACCUUUGCAAGACACUGUUGAUCUGAGCUUGGAAGUUGUCUUGCUUCUAGUAGGUGAUGUAGCAUAGAUCUUAUCAGUUAAAUGUGCUGAAUUUUAACCAAGAGAAAACACCAGGCAGGCUUCCACUUCUGUAUAGUAUCCUUUGACUUCUGUAGUACACAAGCAAGUGAAAAAAUCAGCAUAGUGUUCUGUGUGUAUUUUCUUAAUUAAACCUCAUCAAGCACAAAAGUUUAAUGUUAAACAAUAACAAAUAACUGAGUUGAGACUUGCUGUGACUGUAUGUCUUCUUUAAGGAAUACAGAUCUGACAGUGCUGAAAGCUAGUGUCAGAAAGGAAAAAAUGUGCAGGAGAACAGGGGCAAUAAGUUAACCUGUAAAUGCUGUAGACUCUGGAGAUUCCUUCUUUCCCUUGUACAUCGUGUUGGAAGAAGUCUGUUAGUUUACAUGCCGUAUUUAGUUGAAACAUUUAGUUCUGUGCUGUAUACAGCAGUGCUCAAUAACUUCCUGAGGGAAGCAAAUGUAAGCAGCUCUGUACCAACAGCUUUACUCUGAACUGCAAGAGGUAUGUUCUUAUCAGCGUGGGUUUCUUUUAAGUUAACACAGAUACUGUAAGAACUCUUGUUACAAUGCACAGUUGUUUAUUUUCCUGCUUUAGCAUAUUUUGCAUAUCCCAAAAAGCUCUUCCAAAACGUGCAUUUAAUUGUUAAUCUAAAUGUACCUUAUAAAUGUAUCCUGUCACUCAUAAUCUACUUCUAUUUGGAUAAAAUCCAUGAUGUUAAUGACAUGAAGUGAGAUCAAAGAAUUACUGCGAUUGCUAGAUUAAUGUUGAAGUCCUUUUUUCUUUACUCUUUUAGCCUAUAUUUUUAAAGAUUUAUGCUGAAAAGCUUUCCUUUACAGAAUAACGUUCUGCUUUAGAGAGGCCCACACCUCUGGUGAAAGGUGUUGAAAGAAGUUUCAUCUUUUUUCCUUCUAUGAGAGUAUGAAAGUUUUACUUAAUGUUUCUGUUUUCCACGGAUUCAGUAGCACUGACAUGUGGUGCAGGCUGACAUGCUUAAGCCUAAUGUGGGAGAUCCCUGAGACUUUGUCCUUUUAUCUUCUCAUCUUAAAAAAGUGCAGCCCAAUUCCCCUUGUGGCUACGAUCAGCCAACAGCAACAACAAAAGAAUGUAACAGGUGAAUUAGCAUGAAAUUAGUGUGAAAAUAUGUAGAUGCACUUCAUUCAGACUUUGUCAAAGUUGUUUCUUUGGAAGAUUCAGGUUGUUAAAAUCUAUGUACCCAACAAAAAAGAACUUAAUUAUAGAAAAUAUAAGAAAUUGGAAUGUUUAUUCAAGUUAAACUUAUUUCCUCCUGCCAUCGUAUUUUAAACACAGUGAUAAAGCACUAUAUGAAUUUCAGUAGUGAAUUUAAAUGUGCAAUUGUAUAAUAAGUGAAUAAGAGUGAAUUGUAAAUGUGAAUAAGAGGUGUUUUAUACUUCUAACAUCGUAUUUGAAUCUUGUACCCUUAUAGAUCGAAGCCCGUCCAGGCAGUGGGUCAUUAUGCAAAUAUGUCUCAAUAAUGUUGAGUUUAGUUUUUCCAUUCUGUUCAGAUAAUUUAAAACAAACAAACGAACAAAAAACAACCCUUACUUUUUCCCAUGUCUGUUUCAUGGCUUAAUAACAGAGUUGAUUGCAUGUGUCACAGUGCUCCUGAACUGAAAGGCCACUAAGCAUUUUUUCAGUUGCAGUUGCACCCUAUGACCCACAAAGCAAUGUAUUUUUUUAAAUCAGUUCAGUAACAUCUGUUGCUGAAGAAGAGAGGAUGUUCUUUACCAUCAGUUAUUUUUCUGGACAUUGUGUUCAUGUAUUUGGCAGGCAUCCAUUUUCGUCUCAGUUUUUCUUCUCAUGCACUCUUAACACCAGCAUCCUUUCCCUACCUACUGAAUACAAAUGAACAGGGGCAGUUAUUUGGUUUAAAGCUGCCGUAAAUGUUUAGCAGUCUUCAGGUUUCAGAUUUCAUUCAAUUCAGUCAUGCUUGUAUCUGGUCCAGUUCCAAAAUAUCUGAAAGUAAAGGAAUUUUAAAUAACCUGACUGCUAUGUACAUAAUUAUUUCUUUUCCAAGCAUGCUGCUGCAUGCUUGUAUUUGUAGUUGAACAAAGUAGUAAAUGUGCCUGGGAUUUUUGGAUUGCUUACUAUUGGUGAUGCAUUUCCUGAACAUACUGUGUUAAUCUUAGAAGCGUUUUGUUUUUGUAAUUACAUUUCUAUGUGACAUUCAGGUGUUUGCUAAAACAAACAAACAAAUUGUGUAUGCCGUAUUCAGAACAGCUUCUGGCCUGGGAAGGAGUCAAAUCAUCACUCUUUGCAUGCAAUAAAAUGCUUAACUUGGAUAUGUACUUCUGACAGAAGUCAUCUCUACUGCUCUGUAGUGAGAAUAACGUUCAUUGGAAUAAAAA